AGGGAUGCCAGCGUUUCACAGAAACACGGCUGUCGCGAUAGUCGCAGUGCUGUCACUGCAUCCUGACGGGGCUAACUCAGCUCUGCCACACUGACCAGGGUGAAACUUUAUGGACAAGGCUUCGCAUACCUGAAAUUUAGCUGUUUAUCAUGGCAGAAUGUGGGAAACAUGGCAGCAAAAACAAUGUUUUCUUGUAACAUUGCAACAGCAUUUUUGUCUUUAAUUGUUGCAAAGAAAUGUGAAGCCUAUGAUGUGAUGUUGAAGCAAAGUCUUGUGCCUGAUGGGCAGCCUCUUGCUAUUAAAUGUUCGCUGGAAAAGAGCUUGGAAAAUGGAGACUACAACUUAACAUGGUACAAAGUUGGUAACCAGAAAGCUGUGCCUAGAGACAAACUGUCUAGAGUUCAUCAGCAGAAGGAUUUAAUUUGGUUUCUUCCUGCAAUGUUAGAAGAUUCUGGAGAUUAUGAAUGUGUCAUAAGGAAUUUGACAAGCUGCAAGAAAAUGUGUACAAAAGUAACAGUUUUUGAGAGGAUUGAUGGUUUAUGCUUAAAUGAAAAAUUUGCUGUAAAGGAGGUAAUAUCCACCUCAUCUUCUGCAAAGGUUGUGUGUCCCCACUUGGAUUUUUUCAGGAAAGAGAAGAAUAUUCACCCUGUUUAUUGGUAUAAGGACUGCCAGCUGCUGGAAGGAAAAAGAUUUGUUGUUUCAAACAGUGACCUUAUAAUUUUGAAUGUGACUGUACAUGAUGGAGGAAACUAUACGUGUGAAACAACAUAUACCUGCAAUGGGAAACAAUAUAACAUUUCACGAGAUAUCAGUCUGAUUGUUCAAUUGACCCCACCAAAAAAACCUCCAGAGAUAACUUAUCCAAGAAACAACUCCAUUGAAGUGGAACUCGGCUCACAGGUUACUGUGGAUUGCAAUACAACAGGUGCUGAUGGGUUUGAGGUGUACUGGACAGGAAAUGAUAUGAGCAGAAUCUUUGCAAGUUCCUAUGAGGGAGAAACUUCUUAUGAUGGGCGCCCUAUGCAUUCUUUGAAGCUAAUAAUUUCAGAAGUGAUAAGGGAAGAUUAUGAACAGCCUUUUGUAUGUCAAGCUUCAAAUGCCUUUGGGCAAGUUGCAUCCUAUAUUAUAUUAAAACACAGAGUUCCUGACAUACAAAGAUGGCUGACUGGAGGGCUUGUCUCUUUGUUAAUUUUGACAUUUAUCACUUUAAUAAUCUACAAAAUUUUCAAGAUUGAUUUGGUGCUUUGGUACCGUAAUUCUGUCUGUGCCCUUACAAGUGAGGAAGAUGGGAAAAUCUACGAUGCCUAUGUCCUGUACACAAAAAGCAGUGAAGGCAGAAGUGUCUGUUGUCUGGAAACCUUUGUUCGUAGGAUACUUCCAGAUGUUUUAGAAAAACAAUGUGGAUAUAACCUUUUCAUAUUAGGAAGGGAUGAUUUACCAGGAGAAGCUGUGGUCACUGUUGCUGAUGAAACCCUUAAGCAAAGCAGAAGACUGAUGAUUAUUUUGGGAUCAGAAACAUCUAGGUGCUGCCUGUUAGAAGACACCUCUGAGCAACAACUAGCCAUGUAUAAUGCUCUCAUCCGUGAUGGGAUUCAAGUGAUUCUUAUAGAAAUGGGUGAAAUACAGGACUACACAAGCAUGCCAGAAUCAAUCAGAUACAUUAAGCAAAAACAUGGAGCUAUUCAAUGGAAAGGGGACUUCUCAGAGAAAUCUUGUUCAGCAAACACAAGAUUCUGGAAGAAUGUGCGCUAUCAAAUGCCAUCCAGGAAAAAGGUAUCUUAUUCUGAAGUGCAUUUGUUGCCUCUAACUUUGAACAGUUCUGCAGCAAAGGGAAGUUAAGAAGCACCUAUUUAAAUAAUACGAAGAACAUUAUACUACAAAGUAGAUGUUUUCUUCGAGGAGUAGAAACUGCUCAUCCCUUCCAUAAAUUGCACCCUAAAAGAAAAAACUCUAUGCAACUUUUUUUCUGUUACAGGUUUUGGAUUGUGACACAAUUUGUUGUGUUAGUCUCCAUCAAAUAUUACGAGUAAAC